GCCCCUGACCCAUCACUAUAUAGGAUCACGAACACAACGAUCACCUUUGAAACCUUGUCGUCCGACCUCACUCACGUUCUCACAACAAACACACACACCACAACCGCCCACACUCUAACCAAACAAAUCAAACAAACUAUUUCACAAUGGGUAAAGAAUCCAACGCCGUCGUCCUCAAGCCCGUCUCUGGCAGCACCAAGGAAUACUGCGUCUUCAUCGCCGACGUUGACCUCUACAACAAGUGGUACAAGGGUGAGAAGUCGAUCGCCGUCACCCUCUUCAUCGACUCUUUCCAGCCUUUCGUAAACGAGAGCGGUUCCACCGGAACUUGGAACAAGCCCUCUUCCGGCGAGUUGGCCUCUGAUUUCGAGCUUUACAACGCCGACGGUACCGAGGUUGCUUGGGCUCACGACGAGACCAAGCGACCCGAGGGUGGAGAGCAGAUUGACGAGAACCAGAAGGAGGUCAGUGGUGCCAAGGGCAGGAAGGCCAAGAAGCACCAGGAGGAGGAUAUUGUCAACAUCAUCUUGGCUCGUGGAAGGCUCCAGCAGAUCAAGCACAUUGGUACCGGCGGUUCGGCCAUGAACCCCUCGCGAGGCAACCCCACUCAGGCUGGAACCGGUGCCGGCUCGGGUCAACACCGAUAGAUAUGUCGCCCUGCCCUUUACAUCCCUCAAUCCCCCUAGUUUCCGUAGCAUCGCAAAGUCACAAUUCGAAGUAACAAACGAAAGAGAACCGUUGCGGAAGAGGUAGCCAGACAGAGCGCUCUCCGGGUAUCUCCCAACUCAUGAACAGAAAUUGUCGUUAGGUCUCAUCUAUCGCAUACCAUUUAAUACGACUGUCCCGGUCGAGCGGACCUUCAGUUCAUCAUAUGAUUCAAGACCUUGACAGGUCCAUCAAGCAUUAACUUGACUC